CGACUUUCGGGACUGAGGACAAGUGCAACCCUUUGGAAGCCAUAAUCGGAGCUGCGCUACGAUAUCAAACCCUGCGGAGCCUCACGGCAACGGAAAUCGGGGCGGCACCGCGACGUAGGCAUGUUACGCAAGGGGGGGGGGUCGUUGUGAGUGACCGUCAUGCCGUGGCCACCAGUCACGGUGGUCACGGUGAGCGUAUCGACCUCACGGUCAUGAUACAGUCCAGGCCCCGGGGUACCGUGACCGCGAAACCGUGACUAUCGAAGCCACCCUGGCCCUGGGGGAUGAAUCAUCUCCCGCUCCAUAGUCCGAGUCUACUAUCACUGGCAGUGGCAAGCCUGCCCGGGCCAGUGAACUUGAAUGUGGCUAAUCUUUGUAUCCGGCUCGCUGGGCAUUAAAAGCGAUUCCGGAGUCGGACUCCGGGUCCUGGCGGACGCGGACAGGCCGCCGAGUCGUGCGCUUUCUCAGGCUGGUUUGGAAAAUACGCAGGAGUGAUCUCAGGAGCGGGAGGCGACUUCCCCAUAUCAAACCUGAGGGGAUAUCGAAGUGGCCUCGGGAUAGGGAGUAGCCUCAGGCUCAGGCUAGGUAAUUCAAAGAAACGUCUAAGUUGUUAAACAUUGGAACCCUACUAGACGUAUUCCAAUUUCCAACCCGCACAUUACAAACGGCCUAUGGUGGUGUAUGCCGAAAAAUCUCAAUCAGAUUGGAACAACCUGGCCGGCGGCAAAAGAUAUAGCUACGCCGAACGCGCUGCGUCUAUAUUUUGGCUUAGCGUCAAUUUCGACGAUGGCAGCUGCACCUUAAAGCAGUUAGCAAAGGAGAUUAUCCGUGCUACUGAUGGGGCAUGUGAAGCGCUAAAGACGCUGAUUACAACUGAAGAAAUACAACAUUUAGCAACACGUGACUACUUCUCUGCUUUGAUACUGUCUCGUGCGCCUACAGGAUUCGUUAGGUGCAUCGAAACUGUCCUUACAACCUCCUUGAUGAGGGCGCAUGGCUCUUUUUUUAAGUGUGAUAACGCUGAGGCUGUCAAAAGUAUCAAUCAGUUCCUUGCCUUUUCUUCUUUUUGGACGAACGUCCACUUUCUUGGUUGGUAUCAUUUUUUCAGAGAAACAAUACACAAGGUCUUCUACGAAGGUAUUGAUCGUUGUGUGUUUGAUAUUUGUGCUGAGAGGUAUGAUACUCCCAUGCUUCAUAUACUGGAGAGGUGGAAAAAAUCAACAGUGCUGCCUUGGCUAAUUGCAAUUGAUCGUAAUAGCUUAUCAUCUAAGUUUGAAAGGCAUACUGAAGCGGCACUUGGGCGACUGGUGGACCUCGUUGUGGUUGAGACAUACGUUAGUGCUCGUGUCAAACAGUUUUACGACAUCAUCGCCGAGUUUCCAGAGUCUGCAUGCGCUGUUGUUGAGCUUUGCAACGCGCUGUCUCGCACGCGGCAACAUCAUUUCUUGGCCCGUUCGCUUCGAUUGACACUUUGUCGCAGGCUGCUCCACUUGGGAGCAAACACCUCGCAAAUUAUAGAAAUGUAUAUAUCUACCAUUAAAGUGCUUCGUAUCUUAGAUCCCCGUCGUAUUCUUCUUGAUACUGUGACUAUGCCUGUGAGACAAUAUUUACAACAUCGCAAGGACACGGUUCGUUGCAUCGUAGCCAAUCUCACUGAUGAGCUCUCUGGCGAGCUAUAUGAGGAGCUCCAUCGGUCAAAAUCUAUGGUACUUGGCUCUUGCGACUCUGAUAAUGAGAAUCACGACAGUCCAGGGGAAGAUUGGGUUCCAAAUCCAAGUAAUUGUCAAAAUGCGAUUCCGAAAACAAUGCGAGACAUCCUGUCUAUGUUGAUAUCCAUUUAUGGAACAAGAGAAAUAUUUGUAGACGAGUAUCGGCAGAUGCUAGCUGAUAAGUAAGGACAUCGUAAGUGUUUUUGUGGACAUUUUUAUCGCAGGGUACUGACAAAACUUAAUAUGCACGAAACCACACAAGAAGUGAAGAAUCUGGAACUACUAAAGCUACGCUUUGGUGAUGCCUUACUCCAUCAUUGUGAAAUUAUGUUGCGUGAUGUAGAAGAUUCCACGAGGUUGAAUCAACGAGCUCCCUGUGAUUACCUUCGGGUCACCGUAAUUUCUCAGGUAUUUUGGCCUGAACUUUCUAAUUGUGCGCUGACUAUUCAUCGGCUAGCUUCAGCGUGGCUUGCCGUUUUGCUGUCUGUCUGGCAGCCCAAUAGGUAUCUUGUUUAGAUAGUGCAAUUAGGCGUGUGAACUCUGCGCUAGAAUCAUUCGCCAACAUGUACAACACGCUCAAAACUCCAAGAAAACUAGUUUGGUUGAAGGAGACAGGCCGCGCCCAAUUAGAGCUCGAUUUGGAUUCUGGUGAUAGAAAAGUUUUCGUUGUGUCUCCAAUCCAUGCUAUUCUUAUCUUGCAUUUUCAUGGAUAUGAUAGUAGAAACUUACACGAUCUAGCUUCCACAACUAGUUUACCUAUCCACCGUGUGAAGAGUACCGUGGCUUUUUGGGUCAAUCACGGGGUAAUAGAAGAGCGAUUAUCAGGACUCUACUCUGUGUCGUCCCAAUUUCAGCAGCAUUCAAAUUCUGACACUAUUUCUGAAGAAAAUGGUUCUGACCACACUGAUCUUGCUAAUCAAGGGGCGCAUUAUGAUGACAAUAAGAAUUUCUUUUACCCAUUCAUUAUUGGUGCUCUUUCGAAUUUUGGCAAAUUGACACUUCCAAGGCUCCACCGCCUACUUCGAAAUAUAAUGCACAGCCAAAACACAGUCUAUGACCUAUCACCAAGGGAAUUAUCAAGAAUCCUAGAAUUACUUUGCGCGUCUCAUAAAGUUGACUAUUCUGGUGGACUUUACGGGCUUCCUCUCAACACGCCCAAGCCAGAUAACUAGGUUAAGAUAAGAGAGCGUGUCCUUUUGAACGUUAAUUGACGCCAAAGUAACCCAAGAUGUGAAGCUGAAUACGCAAGAACAGACCGUCGGAUACACUUAUCGCCUUUCUAGAAUUCUCCGUGGUUUGUGGCGGCCUCAUAGACAUACCUACCUUGAGCAGUACGGGGACGCUUGUUCGUGGCCUGUCGGCAUAUCUCCCAUCAAGCGCUAGUGGCACCAGUAUUGCGGUCUGUCUACUGGCUGGUGCCGCUGCGCAGCACAUAGAGAGAGAGAGGACUGCAAAUGCCCUUUUCUAGUUUCCUAAACCCACCAAUUGUUGCCCAAAGAGGCACCAUGUGUCUGACUUGAAACUAUCAUCCCGAUAGCGACUGCGAUAUAGCACUAUGGACGUCACUAUGGGGCCCAGGG